UCACUCAUUAAAUCAUACGAAUAUGAACAAGUAUAUAAUCCUGAAAUUCUUGAAGAGUUACAUAAUCUUGUUCCUGCUAUGAAUGAUUAUUUUAAUCUUGUAUCAACAGUUGAAAGACAAAUUGAAGAAUCUGAAUUAACUUUUAUUUUAUAUGAGUCUUUUGUUUUGUCUAAUAAAGAACGAGUAAAGGCUACAAAAAAUUUUUACAAUGAACCAAUGUUCAGUAAUGUUUCUAUUCAUAUGGACUCUGAAGAGGAAGAAUUUGAAAUGUUUGAUGGAUUUUGCUUUGCAAAA